AUGUUCCCAUCAUCAGCUGAAAAUUCAGGGAAAUGCUACAGUCAGCCAUUAUUUGGAUCGUUUCUGUCCUCUGAGUCUGUUGAGACCAAUGGAACUGACAGAUAUGGAGCCUAUGAAUCUUUUAAACUUGGGUCCUUGAGCACUGAAGUUGCAGAGAGAAUUUAUGAUAAUUCCUACAGAGGAUGCAGUGACACCUAUUUAUCCACCUGGUCUUCAGAUGUCAUGACUGACUGGGACAAGCCCUACCUCAUGUCUUCCCAGAGGUCUAGAUCUCCAUUUUCAGACAGCAGCAUAGAGAUUCAAUACUCUACAUCCGAUUCCUCUAGCCUUUACUCUCCCAACCAUUCAAGGCCAGCUGCGAUUGGCUCACGGGGCAGAGACAUGCAGCCAUACAUGCAAAGAAACUACUGUGGACGAGGUGCUGUUGUACCCGAGGCUAGUGGACAAGGUGUAGGAUGCUCCAGUCAGAAUCCCUCUAUUUGUAUAGAUGGAUACUACACAAACUCAGCUGCUCUAGUGUUUCGAGGGACCAAGCGGAAGAUGAUGGAACCAGUGCCUCCAUGCAAGUUGGUUAAAAGAAAGAGGAUGGUCAGCGCAGCUUGCAGCAUAAGCAGCAGUGUGGGUAGGUACUGUGGACCACUUGUGGAUGGUUGCAUUUGUCCUGAUAACAAAAAAACAGAUGGAAAGCAUGUGGAUGGUAAGAAAGUUCGUGCCAGAGAGAAACGGAGAAGACGACGGGAGAAGAAUCAUGAAAAAUAUGGACGUAAACAUAGGUGGGCUUUUACAUGUGCUUUGUGUAAAUUCCACACGUUUGAAGACAAAGACAUUGAGAAUCACCUUGGAAGCACAUAUCAUAGAGAGACUCUUGACUAUAUACGACAGCAAGCCAGAUUUGAUGACAAGGUCAUCAGUUUUUUGCAUGAUUGCAUGGUUCACAAGUUUCAUAAAACUGUCUCUACUCUACACAAACUAAAGUCUUCUUGUGGACGCAGCAAAGAUGAGUGGGCAAAAAUAAUGGAAGAGGUGACAGAUGAUGAAUACAUGAGGAGAAUGGAGGUGUUUUACUGUGUUGCAUGUGACACUCACAUUCCUUCAGUUUUCACCUCUGUACAGCAGCAUCUACAUUCUUUCACUCACCUCAAGAGCAAAGAGGCCUACAAAGAGCAGUUAAAAAGAGACAGUGUGAUCACAGCCAAAGCCAUAAUAAAUAAUGAUAAUAUGAAGGUGUGCUAUGAGAAAUACAUGAAGGGAGAAGACCCGUUUGCAGCUGAUGCCAAAGACAAAAGUUCUGAUUCGCAAGAUCAAGAAAGAUCUGAUGAAGCAGAGGAAGAUGAGUCCGAAAAUAGUGACCCUUAUCAAUGGAAAUGA